AUGUCAGGCAACGACUCGAAUUACAUGGAUGGACUGUUUUCAAGCGGCAUAAUAAACACAGCACUAAUGGCAAUACUUGCAUAUACAAUUAAUUGCAUAUCAACAUCAUUAUUCGUUCGAAGUUGGAGAUUUGAAAGUGGAAACCAUUAUCCAGACAUUGUUAAAGAAAUUUUUGGUCAUGGAAGAACAAUCAUACGACUAAUAUAUAUUCUUACUCUCUUAUACUCUGCAAUUUGCAAUUUUUCGGCCGUUAAUUAUUAUUAUUCUUUGCUUGGUUCUAGAUUUGCUGAUCCUCAAUCACAUUUGAACACACCAUGGAUUCCAUACUAUCUAAUAAUUCCAGUCUUUACUAUACCAUUUUGCUUUGUCAAUAGAUUUGUUAACCUAAAAUACUGGUUUUUCAUUGGUAAUAUUGGCCUUUUACUAGUUCUUGCUACAACAAUUUAUUUUGCUGCAACUAAUAUUCAUGAAAAGGGCUUUGAUCCUGAAAAUUCAAAAGUAUUAAUCAGUUGGGAUUUUUGGGGAAUGGUAAACUCAUAUUCAUAUUUUACAACAUUACUAUGGGGACAACCAUUUCUAUGUGAGAUUGCCAGAUAUGCAAAAAAAGCACGGCAACAUUACAUAAUUUCUUUCAUCUACGUGUCUUCAGCUCUUGUUGUAGUAUUUAACUUUGCAAUUGCAAUCUUAUCGCAUUUCUAUUUCUGGGGUUCUGCAUAA